AUGCGUGUCCUAUGCCUCCACGGACAAGGCGCAAGUCCUGAGAUCAUGGAAAGUCAAACCAGCUCUUUCAGAGCACUCCUCCCUCCUACUUGGACGUACGAUUAUCUCGAAGCUCCGAACGACAGUGCACCCGGUCCAGGAAUCGAAGGCGUGUAUCCGCCACCUCAUUACUGCUUUUUCGAUUGGUAUACGCCUGAGCGGAUGCGGGAAGCUGUCGAGUACGUGCGCGAAGUCAUUGAGGAAGAUGGACCAUACGAUGCCAUCAUGGGUUUCAGUCAGGGUGCCUCGGUGACAGCUUCGCUCCUUGCAGAGUCCGCAGGAAACCUCAAAUUUGCCGUAUUCAUAUGCGCUGCACUGAUCCCACCCAGCUCCGCGACGUCCGACGAGCUUGCUCGAACCAUCGGAUCCUUCGGUCAUAUCGAUGUUCCAACUUUGCACGUCAUCGGCCAGCAGGAUAUUUGUUACAGCCAGAGCAUUCAGCUCAGCAAGACUUGCGAACCGUCCCUCUCACAAGUUGUGUUCCACUCUGGUGGACAUGAUGUGCCACGAGAUGAUAUCAACUCGAAGAAGAUCGCUUCGGGAAUUGAGAAAUGUGCCAAGAAGGCGUUGUCGCAGUUCUGA